ACUGCAUCCCUCGGCGGCAGAGAGUGCCUUUUCCGCGACCUGCCGGCUGUGUCCGCUGUGCUUGUGCUGCUGUCACCGCCACUCCACGCAGGAGACGCCGGCGAGGAGGUGGUUGAGCCCUGCGGAGGGAGAGCACGAGAACGCCCAGCUCUGCCUCAGGCGCCCAGGCCGCCCGUCACCGCCUGCCUUGCUGCCAGCGUGGAGCCAUGAGCUGUGUCCUGACUGGUGUCGUGCCCUUGGGGCUGGUGCUUCUGCUCUGCGGAGCCCAAGGCUUUUUCCUGCCCAACGUCACACACUUAGAGAAGCUGCUCAGCAAAUACCAGCGGGACCAGCCCCACUCCCGGGCGCGGAGGGCCAUCCCCAGGGCGGACCAGGAGGAGAUCCUCAUGCUUCACAACAAGCUGCGGGGCCAGGUGUCGCCGCCCGCCUCCAACAUGGAGUAUAUGACCUGGGAUGAAGAGCUGGAGAAGUCGGCGGCGGCCUGGGCCCAGGAGUGCAUCUGGGAGCAUGGGCCCACCGGCCUGCUGGUGUCCAUCGGGCAGAACCUGGCCGUGCACUGGGGCAGGUAUCGCUCCCCUGGCUUCCACGUGCAGUCCUGGUACGAUGAGGUGAAGGACUACACCUACCCCUACCCCCACGAGUGCAACCCUUGGUGUCCAGAGAGGUGCUCCGGGCCCAUGUGCACCCACUACACGCAGAUAGUUUGGGCCACAACCAACAAGAUCGGCUGUGCCGUGAACACCUGCCAGAGGAUCAAUGUCUGGGGAGAUGUUUGGGAGAAUGCAGUCUACCUCGUUUGCAAUUAUUCUCCAAAGGGCAACUGGAUCGGAGAAGCCCCCUACAGAACCGGCCGGCCUUGCUCCGAGUGCCCCCCCAAGUAUGGCGGCGGCUGCAAGAACAACCUCUGUUACCGAGAGACUUAUGGCCAGAAACCUGAAACGGACGACAUGAAUGAGGUGGAAGUGGCCCCCAUUCCUGAUGAGAAGCACGUCUGGGUCUCACCAAGGGUGAUCAAACCCACGAAGCCCAAGAAAGACUCUCCCGUGAACCACAUGAGUGAGUGGGGCUCUGCCAUGCUGGCCGCCUCUGAAGGGGGCAGUUUUCUUUGGGGUGGAUGGAGUAGGGGGGCCAGUGGGUUGAGAGGUCUCCAAGUCGACAAACAGCGGGGACCAGAGUGGGGUGUAGCUUGCAAAAGCACAACUCGAAGAUGUUUCUAAAAAAUGAUAUUUUAAAGUCAUUUCAAAAGAAGCAUUAUAGGAGGUGUACUUGGGUGGCCUUUUCCCCCCACGCAGUUAUUUUAAGGUUAGACCUUCUCUUGUCCUUUCAAAGAGGACCGGGGCCGAGAUUGGGUUCCUGUUGGGGUGCCCCCCUCCCAGAGGAAGAAUGAACAGGCAGCGCGGGGCCCGGUUCCCAGGGCCACCAUGCGCACGGGUCCUGUGAGUGGGACCUGCCUCUUUGACGCUCCAUGAGCUCAUCUGUAAAGCAGGAGCCCUGCUGCCUCUUGUUAGCACUGUUUUAGCCCAGAGACACGGGUGU